AUGGAGGGGAAAACGAAGGACAUAGCACAGCUGACCAAUGAUGGACUCGCGGCUAGGGUAGCUGCGAAUCGCGCCAAGUUGGAGGCGAUAAUCAAAAUCCUGAUCUUGUGCGGCAGACAAAAUAUUCCUCUGCGAGGUCACAGAGACGCCAGCAGAAACAAGGAGGCCGCGGAUUCCGCAAACUGUGGAAAUUUCUGGGCUUUGAUGGACUUCAGAGUGGAGGCUGGUGACAAGAUCCUAGCUGGUCAUAUUGCUUCUGCCCCAGCCAAUGCAACGUACACGUCAGGAGAUAUCCAGAACCAACUGAUCGACAUCAUUGGUGACCAGAUUGCCCAGAGGAUUGUUGAUCGGGUCAAGGAUGCUGGAUGGUUCACGGUCAUCGCUGAUGAGGUGACAGAUGUGGCAAACAAGGAGCAACUCAGCUUGGUGUUACGGUACGUGGACCUAUCGACAAAGGUGGUUCGAGAGGAUUUUGUCGUGUUCGUUGAGUGUGCAGCAGGAGUUACCGGAGAGGCCCUCGCUAAGCUGAUCACGGAUACCAUCACCAGUCUUGGCCUUGACCUUGGCAAGCUCCGUGGACAGAGCUAUGACGGAGCAGGCAACAUGGCAGGAGCCAGGAAAGGUGCCGCUGCCCGUAUCACAGAGAAGUACCCCCGAGCUUUGUACCUGCACUGUGCCUCGCACUGCCUGAACUUGGUGGUCGUCUCGUCUCUGCAAGAUCGUUUGGUGCAGAAUAUGAUGGGCGUCGUCACCCGAGUAGCAGUUUUCUUCGACUCCCAUCCGAAACGCCAGAAAGCGCUCGAGGCCGCUUUGAAUGAUGCAGACGAGGAACCUGAUAUAUCCAAGGUAAAGGAUCUCUGCAGGACACGGUGGGUGCAGCGACUUGAUGCACUGGAAUCCUUCCUGGCCCUUCACACCAUGCUUGUGGUCUGCUUCAAUGCAAUCCUGGAUGAAGGUCCCCAGGCGUGGUCAAGAGAUUCCAUUACGGAUGCGAAUGGUUUGCUGACGGCUAUCACCAACACCGACUUUAUCGCAGCCUUAGUUAUUGUCAACAAGUGCCUUCAUUACGUGCGUGGCAUCACCUCCAGUCUCCAAGCAGAAGCCAAGGACUUGAUUGCAGGAAUGCACGAUGUGAGUACCGUCACAGCCACACUGGCAGAAGUCCGAAGAAAUGGGGACAAGUACCAUGGUGAGAGGUUUGAAGUGGUGAAGUCCGUAUGUGAGGCAGUGCACGUUACGCCAUCACUUCCUAGGCUGUGUGGUCGCCAGACCCAACGGAACAACGUUCAGGCCGAUACGCCCGUCCAGUACUACCGACGUGCCCUGACAGUGCCCAUUCUGGACCACAUGGUGUCGGAGAUAGAGGCCAGGUUCACGCCGCACCACUCGACCGCACUCCAGGGCUUCUGUGCCAUCCCAGCACUGCUGCUAAAGAUGUCCAUGGACGCUGCGAAGUCCCAAGUACAGGAGCUGGUGAAGCUGUAUGACGACGACUUUGUGUCUGGCCGUAGUAUGGAGGCUGAGCUCCACUGCUGGCGCGUGAAGUGGGUGAAGGCAAAGGCAGAGCACGGUGAAGCUAGCUUGCCGACCUCGGUAUCAGCAGCGCUACCCCACGCUUCCCAGAUGUUCCCGAACAUCCGCUGCCUUCUGCAACUUCUUGCAACCUUGCCAGUGACGUCUUGCUCGUCCGAACGGUCCUUCAGCGCCCUGAAACUGGUCAAGGACCGGCAGAGAUCAGUGAUGAAGAACUCCCGGCUGACUGGCCUCACCUUGCUGCAGGUUCAUCAUGACAUUCCAGUUGACGUGGGUGCGGUCAUCGAUGAGUUUGCUCGCCGCCAUCCACGACGAAUGCAGCUGGUGAAUGUAUUGCACAGUGAAUGA